CUCACCGGGCGUCCGCUACGAACGCCCCAAGAGUCUUAGCGGUUUUGUUUUUCUCUAACCUGCCAGCGGGAUCAAGAACAAAACCGACAAAAGCUUCCUCCGCCCACUCCCGCCCGUCCCAUUCCUCAAACCUGGACCUCCAAAAGGUGCACAGCCAGAGACAGGCACGCCGCAGAGCACCGCACCACACCACACCACACCGCACCGCACUUCAUAUCUACGGGCAGGCAUUGCAUUUCGAUUCUUCUACCCACGCCAUCCGUCCUCGCCGUCGCUCCCGUCGCCUUGUUGUCUCGACUCGACUUCCAAUCUCUCUUUCCCCCCAUCCUCCCCGCCUUGCGCCUUGCGCUUCACCUGCGUCACGCUGAGAUUACGAUCCAAAUCGACCCUUUUUCUUCCAUCCCGGCCCGGUCAACCUCUCAUCGCUCUCCUCUUCAUCUCUUCGUCUGAUCUUGCCGACCUUCAACGCCCUCGGACCAUUGCGAGACCGUUCCAAUCCCACCUGGACCUCGACGCGAAUUCCUCCAAGAACCCUCCUCCCCGGAACUAGCUGCUCGCAUUUCUUCUUCCACCUCGUUUUCGCCUUAGACCGUUACCAUCUCCACCGGUCCGCCUCAUUGAUUGUUUCUCGGUUUCUGCCCACAGUUUUUGAUUACCGACUGAACGCGUUACUUUCUUUUCUUUUUUCCCCCAACACUUGUUCAGCGUCACCGCGCCGGCUCCUUCGUGCACCCAAAUUAUUCGGCGAUAAACGUCCCUACACCAAUAUGUGUUUCGGGGCUCGAACAAAAGAUGACGGCGGUGGUGCUCGUUCGCGCGACCUCGACCGCAUGAUCCGACAAGAUGAGAAGCGCCUAUCGAAAGAAGUUAAGCUGUUGUUGCUGGGUGCCGGAGAAUCUGGAAAAUCCACUGUCCUCAAGCAAAUGAAGUUGAUUUACGCACAAGGUUUCAGCAAGAACGAAAAGCUCGAAUGGAAGCCGGUCGUGUUCAACAACAUUGUCCAAUCAUUCCGUUUGAUCCAAGAUGCCAUGACCGAGAUGGGAAUCGAGUUCAGCAACCCCGAAAAUGAGAAGCACAUGGCGCAUAUCCUGGUGGAACACGAGAUCAACGCCCAAGACCCUCUCCCGCGCGACUACCUGCAACCUGUCAAAGAACUCUGGGUCGAUAGUGGUGUCAAGCAGGCAGCAAAGGGCAACGAAUUUGUUACGAUCAAGACUGCGAACCACGGGAAUCACCGAAACGGUUUUGUUUUCGACCUGGGUCAACUGACAUACCGCAUGUUCGACGUCGGUGGCCAACGUUCAGAACGGAAGAAGUGGAUCCACUGCUUCGAAAAUGUCAAUUGCUUGCUCUUCCUUGUCGCCAUCAGCGGAUACGAUCAAUGUUUGGUCGAGGACAAGGACGGCAACCAAAUGAACGAAGCGCUCAUGCUCUGGGAGUCGAUUGCCAACUCGCACUGGUUCACGAAGUCUGCCCUUAUCCUCUUUCUGAACAAGAUGGAUCUCUUCAAGGAGAAGCUCCCUAACAACCCAAUCACGUCGCACGGUUUCACGGAUUAUCACGGUCCCGCCGAAGACUGGAAGUCUGCCAGCAAGUACUUCUUGGACAAGUUCCGCGCCCUCAACCGAAACACCGAGAAGGAAAUUUACGGACAUUUCACGAACGCCACUGAUACGAACCUGCUCAAGAUCACGAUGGGCUCGGUCCAGGAUAUGAUUAUCCAGCGCAACCUCAAGCAGCUGAUACUAUAAGGCAGAGCCAGCGAUAUUGGGUCACCAGGUGGCCUAAGAUUAUCCUCAACCCCCCACCCCACGGCAUGGAUGAAACAUGCCAACUCUAAUCGAUACCCGCGGUCUUUCCGGCUUUCCUAAGCUCAUCACGGCCCCGCCCGGCGGCGCUAGUCAUUCACGACGAUUGCCACUUUGUCGUAUAUUUGCGAUUACACGCCUAGGCCUCCCGGUCGCGAUACAUCAGCGAGUCCAUUGCGGACGCCGGCACCGAUAUGGAUGUAUAUUACUCCACUUCCUUUGUGUCUAAUUUCUCGUCAUCUAUUGUUCAUAUGCCGGCGUUGGUCUGAACAGAGAGUUUGGCAAAAAAUUGUGGCUGGAUCACUCGGCUAUUUUUUUGCAUAUCAUCAUCAUUACAGCGGUCGUUGGUACCGCGCAGCCGAGGCCAGUAGAAGAGCAGU